AUGGACCACCAAGUCAAGUCGGUGAAUACGGAUUCUCGUUCUAGGAAACGUCUCAAGUUUACAUCGUCGAAGCAACGUUCCAAGCGCGCAUCGGCCGAUGUCUAUCGUUCCUACAAACGGCGCAUUGGAGUCACCAGUGCGGCCAGUCGAGAAGAACGAGUCCAUCACACGCAUCGAGAAGAAUCCAAACAAAAGAAGCAAAAACUGGACAACAAGCCAGAAGAGGAGGAUGUGACAGAAGCCACCUUUUCCGAAGAACUCGAUCUGGCGUAUGCUAGAAAUCCGUCCGAAAUAUUCCGAAAUCUGUAUCAUCAAGUUUGGCCCUUGGCAAGGUCCUUGCCCGAAGUCCUUCAUCAUGCCGCCGCCAUUGUCAACCUUCUCUUGGCAUACGUCAUGUCACACCCAAGUGAACCACAUCAACAGUCACACACUACUAGUACUCACAACAAUGACAAGAAAAAGAAGGAACGAUUCAUUGUCAAUCAUGCCACUACAGAUGUCCUUCAUCUACUAGCUGUUCUAGCCAAGGACCUCAGACAUGAAAUUCAUCCGUUUCUGCACACACUCAUCAUUCCAAGAAUUGUCAAUGAUAUACUCAAUCAACCAACCACAACCACCACCUCCUCAAACAACAGCAAUGACGUUGAACCCACCCAAAACAGCAAACAAAUCAUGCCCGUCGAUGUUUCCAUCAUUGAAGCUUCAUUCAGAUGCAUAUCCUAUAUUUUCAGGUACGAUGCCGAAGCUAUUCUCACGGAAACAACUACUAGUAGUAAAAACGACAAAAAACAAGAAGAACCUUGCCUGGAACUAUUGCGACAAUACUAUGGAUCCACAUUGGCACAUCGAAGAGAUAUUGUUAGACGAUUGGCCGCAGAGACAUUUGCUCCUCUCAUUCGAAAGUUGAAACAGGACUCGGCACGCAAGAAGCAUCUUCGGCGAGUCAUCAAAGCAUUCAUGUCCACUCAGGCAAACAACACUUCCACCACUGCUACAGCUACAGCUACCACUGCUGUCGUCAAGCUACAAACCAACGCCAUUGAUGGAAUCUCCCACUUGUUCUUUGAAGUGGCAAGGGGUGUUGCAGGACAGGGACAUUCCAAGGGAAAAGUAGCGUUGCGAGUAUUACUAGGGGUUCUGUCGGCCAAUGACGCCAACAAAAGCAACACCAACAGUUUGGAACUCGCUCAUUCCGUCACGGCGGCAUUUCUAGACAAGAUGGGGAGCCAUCUGCAGCGACCAUUCUUUGGAGAUGCGAUUCUUCAGGAUAUCAUUGAUUCCACACAGCGAGUGCUCAAACAGAGUGACAACAACAACAACAGCAAAGACAACUUUGCUCCAAAAGAACACAUGAUUCGACUUUUACUCCAAAUCAUUCUCCUUCGAGAUGGAUUCUUACUGGAAAAACAACAACAAUGGCAGGAUCAAGGCAAAAUAUUCAAUACGAGAGGAGAAAUCGUAAAGAUUGUCCUCAGGGUCAUGGAUGCACUGGUGCCAGUCUUUGCAGAGAUGCCAUUGUCGCUGCAAUCCAUCGUGCUCAGUCUCGUGUCAUCUACCUGGAAAACCAUUCCCACGGAUGCUCACUUUGCAAAAAAGAUGAGACCUCAUAUUGAAAGUCUGGUCAAGACAGAGAUUACGACGAAUGAAGACAACAAUAAUCACCCGGCUCUUGUUUUGGCCCAGGAUUUAAUGCCCUUUUUACCGUCCAAGGCGGCAAUGGGGAUUGUGGCAACCUCCAUUCUAACGGCUGCAGCGGCACAUUGUACGGAUCGCGACUUGUGCCUGUCCAUGAUCGUGGCGGCGGCCACAAGCUCGCCAGUAACAACAUCCAUCGAUGGUGGAGAAAGCGAUAAUGAUGAGAGUGUGUCCACCAACAGCAACCAGGCGGAAGACACGCUCUUUUCGUUUCAAGUUGCCACACAGUGUCAAAUAUCACACGACACGAAACAAACACUACUCGAGGCAUGUUUGCUGGAUGUGCAUGGUAGCGAAUGGAGUCGCCUGGGAGUAGCUGCUCGAUGCGUCUCCUUUGUUGCGUUGACGGGAGUCAAACAAGAGGAGGAACAAAAUGCAAAACACCUCAAGGAUACAUUUGACAAGGUCUCCAAGUGGUUGUCGAUAGAGUUUCACACACAGCAUACAACAACGACCAAGAGUAUCCAAAAGACCCUUCGUAACGCUCAAGAGGCAUCCGAAAGGUUUCUCCAUUCACAAUCAACUUCACUGUGGACUCUCAAAGCCGUAGCCGCCUACGUUCAGGCAAUGCAGAUGUUCCAAGUCGUUCUUGGCGACAGAGAGAAGGUUUUCGACGCUCUUGUGCCCAACCUCAGCAGCUCGAGCCACUUUCGUCGACUCUACUCACUGCAGAUCCUCGCCAGCUUUCCAAAGAAGCCCUUCGUCACAGAUCACGCCGACCUGGAUUUGACCGAUGACUUGGACGAGGAACCCAGUGAGUUUGUUCCACAAGAGGGAACUUCGACGAGAGGUGCGGUCCGUUCCGGCCUCUGCGAUAUCCUUGACACGCUCCUGUCAAUUGAAUCGUCGACAGUUGCAUUCGAGAAUGAGCGACCGCUCUUGUCUUUGAUAUCCAGAAUUGAAAUCCUGGGGAGAAGCGCAAAGCUUCCGGUGGUCUACGCCGAAGCGGCCGCAAACCACAUGUUGGGACUUCUUUACAUCAAAUUCUCUCCAAUUUGGCCUGCUGCUGUCUCUGCCUACGUUUCCCUUGCCAAUGGCCAGGAGUUUUCCUCGUGGUCUCCCCUGAAAGAGAAACUCGACAUUCUCAUGAACACAUUUCCCAAUCCACAAUCUCUGGCUAUUAGCGACUCUGACGGGGACACUCGGUUGAAACGAUUUGACCCUUCUUGUCACCAAACGCUCUGUGCUACCUGGGACGAAUCAAACGGAGAGAAUGCAUCCCUGUUUGGCAACGAAACAUCACAACACCUCCCAACUGACGAGGCUACUGUCCUUCAGCAUGUUUGGAGCGUUUUGGAGAAUGCAUCCGAGGUUGUGGCGAAGAACUCGAGGAAGAUUGUUCCCAUCUUUCUCCAGUUUAUGCAUUCUCAGUUCUACUCGUACUAUCCACACGAUCCAGAUGCGAAGGAAUUGCGUAUCGAGGACCACAUUGAAGACACGAAAAAGCUCGACCGAGCGCUACUGAAGGGCCAUGUCGUCCAUCAGAGGCUCAUUUCCAUCCUGAAAGUGUUUGCAGCCGUCAGUGGGCCUACACAACUCUACAAACAUUCAUUGCUACUGUCCAUGUACACAUCAUUGCUCAGUCAGGAAACGAAGACAGCACAACUUGCGUUUGAUUGCAUUAAGUCGUACAAACUCCCAUUUAUGACAUUCUUCUCGGAGAACGUGGGAACAUUGUUUGCAAAAGGUGGCCUCCGAGAAGGACUGCUCAAAUUCACUACAUCCCUGGAAACCCGCACAAUCGACAAUAAGCACAGGCGCCAGCUCGUUCCGUUUCUAAUGAGAGUCUUGUUUGGUAGACUUUCUGCGAGAUCUGGGGGAAGCAGAUCUUCAAAGGAUAGUCCUUCUGCGCGAAGAGCUGCUGUACUGUCAUUCAUAGCUGUACUCUGCAAAAGCGACGAAGAGUUGUACCCACUGAUUUAUUUGAUGAUCAGGAACUAUGUACCGACUAGCUUUCUGCUACUACCAGUGGAGCAACAAGAUGAAAGUGCCAGAAACAAAGUCUUGUUCAACGUGAAGGACAUCUCAUUCGAUGAGCUUGCCCUGUUGCCAAUGCAAGUGCACAUUGGGUUUCUUCACUUGCUGGAACCCGUGAUUCAUCAGCUCGGACACCGUGUUGUCAAAUAUGUGGACCAGUUUACAACCGUCAUUCUUCGCUUGUGCAAAUUCGCCGAAGUGAAGCAAGUUGCUUCGUCUGAUGACGACGCCGGUUUGGAAGAUUCUCCCGUGGAAGAAGAGGACGGUGAAAGCAAAUCCAAAGGAGUUGGACCAAUAAGGACUCUUUGCUUUCGACGUCUUUCAGAAAUGUUUGCCCAGUUCUCCUCGACGGUGGACUUUUCUGCCUACGAAAGUGUAUUGUGGUCGUCAAUCGAACGCUCAGUGGCAAUGCUUCCUGCGACCGUAGUCCGCUGUGCCAAAGUUCCGGCUUUGCUUUCCCUCUUGCAGACUCUCUCAAGUCACCGUCCACUGCUCCCCAUCCUAAGCAUGCACAAAGAUGCGGUGCCUUGCGUGAUCAAAUGUCUGGCCGACACCAGCAGCCACCCAGUGGUUGAUGCAACCUUGACAUUCAUCGACAAUCUUUUGAAUGCCGACGACGGCGACUCAGCGUCCGCGGACUUGAUCAGCGGACACAUUCCUUUGAUUUUGAAACAGUUUACGCUGCGGCUAGGCGACAGGGCGAGUCGUUCAGCAACGUGGCGAAGGGAGCUACGAAUCCUCUGUCGAAUAACUGAACUUGUCGAGGAGGGGGGAACGAGUGACGCCUUAAUCGAAGGAAGCAAGAACGACAUCGCAGACAAACUGUGUACACUUCUAAUGCCAUAUCUUGGUCAUGGCAAUGGGGCGACCGAGGGCGACCAACUCAAUGUGCUGAAGAUUCUCGAGAAGUUGAUACGGCAGGUGAAUCGCGAAGCUGGUCUGGUCUUCUAUGAGCAGUUCUCUCGGUUGCUGGGACCAGGUCCAAAAGGGAAACCUGGCAUAGCGUCCUAUCCAGUCCGGAAUGGUAUAUGUUCGGCCUUGAGCCAUACACCACUCGAGUCGAUGGCUGAAGCCAAGAAAGUUACGAGUGUCCUUACGAAUCUCUGCAAAACUCACCCCAAAAGGGUUGAUGAAAUGGAUUACGAUGUGGUCAUACCGAGCUUGAAUGCCCUUGAUCAUACGGAAAGUGGCGCAAGCUGGCGCGCACUUACCUCUACUGAUGGUGGGGCAAGUCCAAAAUUGAUUGCACCCCUCGUUGGCACGUGCUUUCAUUAUUUAUUUAACGAUGACGGUGUCAUUGCUCGAGGUGCAUUCAAGUCCCUCAAAGGUCUAAUUGGAGUGGCUGCUGGGUUGGCAGGGUUGAAGUCAGUCGAUGGAGAAGAACCCAAUGCUUCCGAAAGCGACCUGUGGAUUGAUUUGCUGGAGAAGACGCUUGUGCCCGCAGUGAGGAACGGGCUGACGACAAGAAAUGCAGCGGUUAGACGUCUGUACAUUCUCCUCAUGGCAGAGGUUGCCAGGUCGUGCCGAAACAGCUUAAAGCCCAAUCUGUACGGUGACCUUGCUGUGCUGAUCCGUGACGAUGAGCCAGACUUGGAUUUCUUUGCCAACAUAACACACCUUCAAAUGCAUCGGCGUACGCGGGCUUUCCAGAGGCUCAGAAAAGCCCUUUCCGGAUCAGAAGACGAACGAGAGACGCCGUUCUCUCUCCAGUCGCUUUCCAACGUCCUGCUUCCACUCGCACUCCACCCAGUAUACGAAUCCAAGACAAAAGCGGAGGAAACUUUUGCAGUCGAAGCAAUUGCCACGGUGGGGGCAAUCUCCAGACAUCUCUCAUGGAGUAAAUAUAGCACGCUGCUGUGGACAAGCCUUACACAAUUUGAUCGUCACCCAGAACAGGAAAGGUACUUGGUCGGAAUGAUAUGUGCGCUGAUUGACGGCUUUCACUUUGACAUUGCAAUCGUCGAUUCGAGAUCGGAUAAUGGAGCUCAGCUGGAGCAAGGCGACAAUGCUGUAUGGCGAGCACUUGAGAAACGUUUCAUCCCACGAAUCGAGACCUUGCUUUCUAAGGAGAAGGUAGACCAUCGAAGUGGUUCCAAAACGAAGACUUUACGGGCUUCACUAAUCCUUGCUUUGGUGAAGCUUUUCAAGAGAUUCUCAAAGGACAUAUUCGAGGCAAGGCUACCAAGACUGCUAACGGUGAUUUGUGAUGGUCUCAAGAGUCGAGAAUCUGACGCGAGGGAUGUUGCCAGGAAUACCCUGGCCAAAGUGGCUGUAGAUGUCAGCAUCGAAUACCUCCCUGACAUCCUCAGAGAACUGACCCUUGCACUUAAAGAUGGAUUCCGACUUCACGUUCGAAUUGCCACUGUUCAUUCGAUCCUUCUCGAGAUUGCAAAGUUCUACAAGCCACCUCCCCAGUGCACCAAUGACGAGGCUACCAGUCUUCCCUUCGACCGAAGUGUUCCAGCAAUCAUGGAUAUAGUUCAGCAAGAUCUCUUUGGGGGCGCUCAAGAACGAAAAGAUGCCGAAGGAGUUCAAGGUCGUUUCGUCAAAGAGGCGGCGGGUUCCAAGAGUCACAAUGUGAUUGAACUGACAGCAUCACUUAUCAUGUUUCGUCCAUCUCUCGUAAUACCAAACGAUUCUGUCAGUUUCUCUCUUUCAUCAAUUCACGCAGUGGUAUCUCCGCUUGUGGAACGGCUCAAGCCCUCGAGCGUUGAUAUUGCUACAAUCCGGCGAGUGAAGGAGUGCUUAUCGCGAGUAGUGACAGGGUUGGGGAAGAAUCCCAGCGUGUCCGUCAAAGAGGUGCUUCCAUUCGUCUACGCCACGGCCGCACCAUUUAUUGGGGACACAGACUUCAUUUCCGCCAUCACCGAUGACCCCGAAGAUUCAAGUGAUGAGGAUGAACCCAUGAAAGCGAUUCAAGUCAGCGGCGGAACUGCAAAGGAAAGAACGAAGAAAACCUCUGAUGUUGAAAAUACUGGCAGCGUGGCGCAUUGGCGUCCAUCGACGUUGAAGUCGAGCAAGACCAGCAAAGACGCUUCCAAGGUGAGGCUGAAGGAAUCUCAGGACCUCCGACGAGUCCAAGAUGGGGUGUCGGCUCCGAAGCUAACUGGCAGCGCUCGUUACGCAGCCGCUGUGGGUAAGAGCCGCAUCAACGACCCUGCCAAUAUCAGCGCAGUUGUCUUCAGCCUACGCCUUUUGUACUCAACGCUUAAGAAGCACAGAGUCGCAGCGAGCGAGGAGGGCCUCAUCGCACUCGUGGACCCUUUUGUCCCUCUGCUCACCGCUUGCGUGUGCACCUGUCGGGAAACUGAUGUUGUGCUGUUGGCCCUGCGGUGCCUCGGCAUAUUCCUCGUCUUCGACUUGCCUUCGAAGGAAUCUUGCGCAGCAGCAUUAGGCACCAAGACUUUGGAGCUGCUCGGUUCAAAUGGCGUUGGUACAAACCAAAAUUCUGAGAUGUCGCAAGCAUGCUUCAAAAUGCUCUUUCUUCUCAUCAACCUGGAUCAGUCCACUGCUGGUACGAUGGUCACAACAGCUGACAUGAUUCAACGCGGGGAAGAAUUCUUGUCCACAAACCAGAGAAUGCCUUUGGAUUCCGAGCAAAUGAAGGUCCUGAUGUCGUUUCUGCAAGAGUCACUCAUGGACUCUGAAAGCCACAACUCUGCUACUGCUCUAAUCAAGGCUAUACUUUCCCGCCGCUUCAUUUCUCCUGAGUUUUAUGAUCUAAUGGACAGCAUCCUAGAGCUCGCUGUGCGCAGCCCAAAGGCGCCACUCCGACAGCACUGCGCAGGAAUUGUAGUAAACUACCUUCUCAACUACCCUCUCGGAGAAGAUAGGCUGGAGUCACAUCUGAAGCAGAUAGUACUUAACUUGAAGUACGAAUACGAAGAAGGACGCUUGUCCGGGAUCAGUUUGGCCACAUUGGUUGUUGAAAAAGUCCCCGUGGCUGUACUUCAAAAGUACGUGCAGCUUUUCUUCUUGCCUCUGACCAUGCAGCUGGUGAAUGACGACUCGGAGGAGUGCCGCAAAGGUGUGGCCAAGUGUUUGUCAAAGCUGUUCCAGAGAUUGCCCAUGGACAUAGUCCAAUCGCUCUACGACUACACGGUUCGUUGGUCACACGGAAAUGAUGAGCUCCAGAGGGCGUCCCUUCAGUUGUUUGGAAUCAUUGCCGAUACACGCUCAGACUUAUUGAAAAGAGGAGAAACAGUUCCGCAACUGCUCGACAGACUCAAAUGUUUGGUCGCCAAACGCCACAACAGUGAUCAGUCGGACUGGCAGGUUUUCUAUUUUUCUUUUCUCUGCAUUGAGAAAUUGAUCCAGCCCUUUCCAAAACUUUUGACCGAGAGGCCUGACCUUUGGGAAGUAAUUGUCAGAUGCCUUGCGCAUUCCCAUUCUUUUAUCAAGUUGGUAACAUCACGUUUGAUUCACCAACAUUUGGAGUCUCUUGACCCCGUUUCGUUCGCAAACGGGAGAGUGGAGACUUUCCUCACGCAGACGGAUGGCUCAUUGUACGAGGUAGCACGGAAUCUCUGCUUCCAAUUGAACUCGGAAGAAGAGCACCAGAGUGACGAGAUUACUACUCUUUGUAUCAAGUCUUUGUGCUGGCUUUUGCCCGCCAUGCAUGCCAACCCAACUCUCUGCUACGCUUCUGACCAAGGUGAUGCACCCUCGGAGAGUCAGAAUCCGGUUGGAUGGGUAAUGAAGCGGCUGUCGGGCAUGGCAAAACCAAAGGGUCCAAAACGUCGACAAGCUGUCUUCAAGGCCUUUGGAGCAUUUGCCACUGUGUGCCCUGACGUUGUCUUUCCUCAUCUGGAGUUGAUGUUGGAACCCCUGCACCGAGUCGACACGGAAACUGCGAACGAUGCGGAGAACCCCUCUGUGCUGACGAAGCAACACCAGAGGAACCGCCGCAAAGGAACAGAGCCAGAAGCCAUUCCAGCUGAAGCAUCGUUGGCACGAGACGUUUUGCGAGUCCUGGAGGACAAGUGUGAUCCAGCCGAUAUCUUCUUGACUACAUACGCCGCAGUCAAGACGAAGGCUAGAGAAAAGAAGGAAAGUCGAAAGCUGAUGAUUCAAAGUGAAGCUAUUCGAGACCCUCAAUCUGCAGCUAAGCGUCGCCGGAAGAAGAACGAACGUGAGCAGCAACGAAAAAAAAGAAAAGUAGAAGACCGCCGACAAAAACAUGGUCGUGGUGGCACGGCCAAGAAGUCUCGCUAUCAUGGUCAGAGCUGA